AUGGCUGGGCUUGUGCCUAACGUUCUGGGUGCUACGAUCACCACCUUUGCCGUCGCCCUUCUGGCGCUGGCUCUUCGAAUGGUUGCCCUGCAUCUGACCAGGCGGCCUCCAUUUUAUGAUGACUAUCUAUGCAUCUUUGCAUUUGUCAGGACGUCUCAGUACUAUUUAGGACAAGUCCUUCCCAAUGUCGACCAAGAUAAGCUACGCUUCAUUCUGGAAAAGUCCCGCCAACUACUCUGGAUCAUCGAGCUGACCUACGCGGCAUCCAUCGCCUCUUCCAAGUUUUCUGUCCUCUGCUUCUUCUGGAACAUAUUCAACCGUAGUUCCAUCCGCUGGCCAAUCAUCAUCCUCUUCCUGACCUCAUCGCUCUGGGUGAUUGUGCGCACCUUCAUCGUCAUAUUUCAAUGCACCCCUGUGCCGUACAUCUGGGAUAAAUCCAUCCCAGGCGGAAGGUGUCCGAUAGAUAUCAGCAAGUUUUUCUUUGGCACUGUGCUGCUUCAUUGUAUCAUGGACGCAGUCAUCGUGAUGCUACCUAUCUUCCCGGUCCUGAAAAUGCAGCUCAGUCAGAAGCGGAAAGCUGCCAUUCUUGCUCUGUUCGCAUCUGGGGCCAUUGUCGUGAUUGCCUCGGUCUUUGUACUCAUCGAGUCGAUCAAAUAUGAUCCUCAUGAAGUCGAAAUAACGUAUCAUGUCGCUCCAAACAUGCUCUGGGCUGCUGUGGAGGUGAAUAUGGCCGUUUUCUCAAGUAAGAUGCUCUCUAAAACUACAACACCAUCGGCUUUAAAGAGAUGUAUUGUUAACAAGUUCGCCAGGCUGUCUCCCCAAACUUCGACCAGUGUUGCGGAGGAUGGCCGGUCAUAG